CGGGAGACAGUUUGAGAACCAGAGCCCUCCUGGACUCGAGCUCCUGGAAAUGGGAUCGACAACAUUUUGGGGAUUGAGGUUUGAAUGGAUUUCUGUCGAGGCUAAGAGCUGUCUCCACAACUUCGUCUCCAGCUCCUCCUCCGGCCGUCGUUUUUCCAAAGUCCGGCGGAGAAAUGAGAUGUCCUUUUGCUGCGACGCGAGCCGACGACACCUCUGGUGGAAACCUAAAUUAUCGGACGCUACUGCGAUUUCCGGUAGAGAGCCUAGGGAACAACAUUAUUAUGUAACUCAUAGUUGCUUUGCCAAAAUUCAUGAGCUUGUUAGAUCUCCCCUUCCCUUCCUGACGAAUUCAACUCCAAGCAAGUUUUGGAUUUUGUUAUGUGUUGCCAUUGUUGUUUUGGUUACGGCCGUCCGAGCGUUUGCGGUGAGGAAGUCGAGAUACAAGCGUCCUGGUUCCGUCGCUGAUCUCGUGAGACGUGGCCAGCUUAGAUACGAUUCAAGAGGCAUAUCAAGGCCUCUCAAGUAUGAAGACCCAUUCAAUAACCCCCUAGUAAAGGUUAGCAAAAGCAAAUCAACCGUUGAGAUGUGUGGAAAGCUUUACCGCUUGGCCCCAGUGACUCUUACUGAAGAGCAGCAAGCCAUCCACCAGAGAAGGAGAUCACGGGCCUACCGGUGGAAGCGGCCAACUAUGUUUCUUAAAGAAGGAGACUCUCUACCUCCCGAUGUUGAUCCUGACUCUAUCAGGUGGAUUCCCGCCAAUCAUCCUUUUGCAACUACUGCUGCUGACAUCGAUGAGAACUUCGCGCAAAACAAUGUCUAUCAAAAGCAUGGAGUUCCUUUGCGUAUCCAAGCAGAGCAUGAAGCCCUCCACAGAAAGCUCGAAGCCCUUGAAAGUGAGCAAACACUCAACAGGUUGAUGCUAGAUCCUACCAACGGUCAAGAUUUUGAUAGACCUUUGAAGUCCCACGUCAAAUCAAAUGGCCAAGCAGAGAAGACUUCCAUUAACAAUCAGGUGAGUGACCCAGAUAAAGUUGAGAGUCCAUCAGCAUCUGAGGAAAACCCGGGUCCUUAGUUGGCAUACCGCUCAUCUGCCAGAAAUGCUCAAGGUAAAGCUGCUUUGAGGGAAUUAGUGAAUCUCCACUUUAACACAAGUGUAGAUUUGAAUUUGCUCCGAAAUUUUGCCCUGUUGAUCUGGUAGCCUCAAAAGUUGCGAUUUGUAUAGGCGAUGACUGUACAUACUAAAUACUACGUGUGCACUCAGCUCCCAACUUCUGCACUUGUUCCAUCCUCACCACUAACAAAAUUAACCAACGGUGGGCAGAGGUUUUGGAAUUUGCUUUAUUGCAAUGGUGAUGAAAGUUUGAUUUGGAUUCUGGAAUA